AUGAUUAACUUAAGUUAAAUAUUAGAAGGAGAUAAUGGGGAGAUGACAUUUUAUUAAGAUACUAGUCAAGUUGAUUUGGAGGAUAUCUUAUAAGAAGAUGACGAGAUUAGAGAGUAACUCAAUCAUUUGAAUAGUGAUUCUUAAACUAUGGAAUUUAAUUAUCAGAAUAAUGAAUCAUUCAUUUGUGAUUAAGAAGAAUUCAUUUCUCCAAUUUAAAUAAUGUCUUUGGGACAUCACUCUAAAACGUUUGGCAUUUCAACAAAUUAUUUGAUCAAUUAUUGGGAAAGAUAACUAGCAUUAUUCUCGAAUAAUAAGAAUAGCAAAACAAUAUAAAUUUAAGAUGCAUCAUAUAUAUCAAUCAAAGGAUAAAUUAUAGCUGUUGGAUUUGAGAGUGGUUAAAUUCACAUUUAUGAAGGAAGUUAAUUAAAAUUAGCUCAUAAAAUAUAGGAACAUCAAACAACAAUAAUAGGUUUGAAUAUAGUAGAUGUUUAAGCAAAUGAAAUAGUAAUGGCAUCUUCUGAUCUGGAUGGUAAUGUGAAAUUGAUUAGAGUUGGUUAAAAUUUAUUUAGAAGUAAAAUUGUAACAAAUACUAUAUUGAAUAAGUUUGAAUAUCCUGUUACUUAAUUGAUAUCAUAAUAAUUUAAAUAUUCUGAUAGUGAUAAGACUAGUUUAUUAUUAACUUUAGGAAAUAGUAAUAUGGUUAUAACAUUAUCAAUCAAUCCAGAAGUUAAGGUAGUACAUGUUUUUGAUAAACAGAAAUCAAAUAAUGAUCUUCAUUGGGGUAAAUGCAAUCAUGAAGGUAAUCAAAUAUAAUUAUUAUCUAUUCAAUGGAAUUCAUUUAUUUAAUUGAUAACCUUUUUGGAAAAUUCACCUUGGUAUUUUUCAUUCUAUUCUGCUGAUACUCCUUUAAUAGGAUCUAAAUUCAUUUCUGAAAAUUUGAUUAUUGCUGCUACUGAAGGAUAAUUUCAAGUUCUUUACAUUCCUUAUUUCUCAAAGGGCAAAUAUUGUUUUAAAUCUGAUAGCAAAGCUAAAAUUUCUAACACCAAUUUCCAUUAAAACAUAUAUUGUUUAAGAGCAAUAAGUAAUGUAAUCUAUUUCAUAUCUGAAAAUAAGUUGUAUUCAUUACAUGCAUUAAGUUGGUUAUAGUAUCUUAAAUCCUUAAUACAAAAUGAUUCACCUUAAUGGUCAAUAGCAUUAAGAUUUCUUGUAUAAGUUUAUAGAGGUAAAGUUAAAGGAAUGCCAAAUUUAGAAUUGGAUGAAGAUAGAAAUGCAAUUUAAACAUUAGCUCCUACUUUAAUUACUAGUAUUACUAAUACUAAAAUGAAUAGAGAAUUGAUAUCAGCAGUUGUUUAAUUUAUUCUUCUUUGUUAAAUACCAUAGCAUUUAAUGAUAGUACGAUAAGGUUGUGAGAAAUAAUAGAUUUUAGAAGAUUAUUAUAAAGUUUUAGAACAUCAUUUAAAGAAAAUUACUUAAUUACCAAAAGAGAUAUUUUUUGAUUUGGCAAAUAAAUUCUCUCCUGAGUCUUUCUAGAAAUUAGUAAUUAAUUUGGAUUUAAAUUCAAUUGAUAUUGGAUAUACAUAUGAUGUAUGUUUAAGUAAAGAAAUAUACACUCCAUUACUGUAUAUAUGUCCAAGAAAAGAGGAAGAUUUUUUAACUCCUUUAAAUAAAAUGUUUGAGAAACAUAAAUAGGAACUAUAUGAAAAAUGUUUAUGGUUUAUAGAAAUUACAUAAAAAUAAAUUCUAUUUCCAAAUGAUCAGAUUCCAUUAGAAAUAUGGAAGAAAGCUGUAAGAUAAUAGAUGUUAUGGUUAAUGGAAGUAUUGGAUGUGUUGUAAAGUGAGAAAUUGUUUCAAAUCUUGACAACUUAUCUUAAAUAACCUUGCUUAGGUGCAUUACAUCAUGAAUCUGUGUAUUCAUAUUUUAAUAUAACUUAAGAAAAUUUAUUGGCAACAAAGAUAUUUGAAUAAGUAAGUAGUAUUAAAUAAUAAUAUUUACUAUAAUAUCUAUUAUUUAUUAGUAAAAUAAUUGAUUAGAUUAAAGUUAAAGAAUCAGAAAAAUUACUAUUAUAGAUAUUUGAAAUCAAUAAAUCUUAUAUUGAUAAUUAUGUAGCAAUGCCUGAAGAUUUAGAUUAAAUCUUAUAAAUUAUUUAUUAUUUAAUGCCUCAUACUGCAUUAAUUGAAUAAGCAUAUGAAAGUUAAUGUGUUGAUUACAUUGCUUAUUACUUUUUAUAUUAAAAUUAAUACAACGAAGCAAUUAAAAUAUUCUUUAAUUAUGAAGAAUUCAAACUUAGAGUUUACAAAUGGUUAGAAUAUUAACCUUAUGAUCCACUUAUGUUAGAUCAUCUUGAUAAGCUACUUGAAUUGGACCCUGAGAAAUGUGCUAAAGUAUUUCAAAGUUGGCCUAUCGAAACUUUAUAAAAACUUAUUAUUUAUCAACCAAAAAGAGAAUUAUUACAUGUAUUCAAAUAUUUAUCUAUUGAUCUUUCUUAAUUUCUUUAAUUGAAACUAAUUGAAUUGAUUAGUAUUCAUGAACCAGAAAAUACUAUUUCAUGGUUAAAGAAUAGACAAUAUUAAUUAGAAGAUGUUGAAUAAAUAUUUUAAUAAACCAAUAAUAUUGAAGGAUUAGGAUAUAUUUUAGAACAAAAAGGACUAUAUCAAUAAGCAAUAGAUAAUUAUCUUUAAGUAUAUAUAGAGGAAUCUAGAAAUUACAUUUUAUCAUUUAGAAAUCAAGAUAGAGUAACAUAAUUGUUUUAGAACCUAAUGAGAGUUACUAAAAUAGCUGUUUAAUCAGCUGAUACUAAUUAAGAAUUAUAUUUAUAUAUAGCACACAAUAUCUUUAAUCCGUUGAUGCAUUAAACUCAUUGGUGUAAACUUAAGAGAUCUUAUGUGUUCAAUUAGUAAUUUAGUUAGCUAUUUAUGCAUUUAUUUCGCUAUUCUCCAACAGAAUUAAUCAAAAUAAUAGAAAUAAAUCAUGAAACAUUUAAUUAAGUUCACUUAAAAAGUAGUUUUAUUACAGUUUUUAAGGAAUUUGGAUAUGAAAAAUAAUUAGUAGAAAAGAUAUCUAAGAUUAUUAGAAAUGAUAAUAUUAAAUUGCUUAAGUUACUAUAUUCUUUAAUGAACAAAUCAAAUUUAUAUGAAAUUAAUUGCAUAGAGUGUUAACAAUCAUACACUUAAGAUUAAGCAAUUCUUUUAAAAUGCGGCCAUACAAUGCAUCCAUUUUGUUUGGAAAACAAGUAUUGUCCAAUAUGUUAAAAUAUCUCAGCUUAAUCAAGUAUAUCUAAGAAUAUAAUUAAUAGUGCUUGAAAGUAUAGGAAUAGAAGAAUUAAAGAAAUCUAUCUUAAAAUCUAAAGUGGAUAAUUAAUAAUUGUAAUUAUUGAAAAAUGUUGAUGAUAUAGAUUUGGAAGAUAAUUUUAUAUAAUCAACUACUUAAGAUGAUAAAGAAAUAAUAGAAUUAAGAUUAUUAAAUAAAAUGGAUAUAUAUGAUUAAUUAACUGAUUCUGCAUUGCAAUAGGUAUUCAAUUGUAAUAAUUGUAGUACAAUUCUUUUUUAGAUUAAUAUUUUUGA